AUGGAUCAGAUCACCAACGCUCUUGAACCAUGCAAGCAGUUCGCCAAAGACUCGAUGAGACUUGUGAAAAGAUGUACGAAGCCAGAUAGAAAGGGUAAUUGUUGACUUCUUUUUUAAGUGACCUUCCCAAAAUCGUUUGUAAUUUUCUUAGACUUAAGCUUUAGCUGAGUAUUUUGUUGAGAAAAUGCUCCAAUUUUUAUCUUGAUCGUAAGGUUUUAAAGCUCUUUGAUAUUUACCAGCGUUUUUUUGUUUGUCUUUUUGGUGGUCUAGUGAAAAUCUUCUACUAUAAUAUGCUUUAGAAACUUAUCAGAAUGGUUUCAUUUUAAUCUACUUUUAGACUCUUUAUAAUCCCUUAACAUUAUAGUGAUUUAAACUCCAAGUUGUCGCUCUCUUGUUCCUUUGUGUCCAACUUGGAACGGUACAAGUGAUCAAUUCAUUGUCUUGGGUCUUGGAUUAUUAGUCCCAAUAAUAUAAUAAAUGGAGUAAUACCCUGCUACUUUCAAGCUGCAAUAUCCCUAAAAGAGCUGAACUGAAUACAUGGAUACAAGAUCCUUUCUUUUUCAGUGGCUUUAAGAACGACAAAAAGACAUUUAUGGGCUUUGUUGUUGUUCUUAGUGUACAUUGAAGUGGAUACGUUGAUACUUCAAAGGCUUUCCAGUCGUCAGAACUGGCCACUCAGACUAUGCUAGUCAUAAUAAGUAUUUCAUUUUUAAUCAGAACUGUUUUGCCAGAUCAGUCGAUUCCUAAAUGAUAUGCAUGGGGUUGAUGAGUUUUCAGGGAAAACACUUAAAAAGCAUUCAUAUUGAAUGACAAGUUCGGCUGGCAGUUCUAACUUUUGGAAAGCACCCAUAGUCAGUAUUGUGAGAAGCAAAAAAGAAGGAAACAGGACUCCUAAAACAGAACAAGAAUAUACAGUGCAUAUAAUCUUGACUGAAUUAGGGCCUCAACAGGGUUUUCAUUAAGAACUUUUGGUAGAAGGAGAAAGUUGUAAUUUUACAGGACAAUUGAUUUUGAAAGAGGCUCCAUGUCUGAGUAAAAAAUAGUCAUAGGCUACCGAACCUUAGUCUGAGAAUUCUGCGUAGUAAACAGAAUUCUCUGAUCUCUGAUGGCUAAUGAACACCCUGCCUUAAACCACAAGAGGAGUUUUCAUUUCUGGGCAUGAUAGUGAAUCAUCUCAUUUUUUUUGCAGAAUUUCAGAAGAUUGCCCUUGCCACUGCUAUUGGUUUUGCUAUCAUGGGCUUCAUUGGCUUUUUUGUCAAACUCAUUCACAUCCCCAUCAACAACAUCAUAGUGCAAUGA